AUGGCUGUGCCACUGCCACCUGCUUCAAACCUCCACGCCAUCCUCCUCGUUACUAAGUCGCGCUCACUCGGUCCCCGUCUCGUCUUCCACUAUCCUCCUUUAUCGCCGUCAGCAGCCGCUCUCGCUGCGGCGAAGGACCCAGCUUGGUUUCGGCACGACACAUCCACGGCCAGCGUCGAUUCGCGAAGCUCUGAUAGCGAUUGGGAUAGCACCACAGACUCGGAGGAUGACAAUGACGUCGAGAUAGGCAGUCGCACCAGUGGCGGCCGCCGAUCGGGAAGAACCUUGACCGGUCGUGUGAGCGACAAGGACAAGCUAGGAUCUGGGCUAUGGGGCAGACAGGAGACCAUCGAUGAGGAGGAUGCGAAUGACGACGACGAUGAAGAGAGUAACGGGCGUCGAGGCAAAGGUGGCGACCAUGACUGGGACACCGUGCUAGGCUUCAAGACAGACGCGCUGGAGAAGAUGCUGAGCCCAAGCAAAGAGUACAACAAGAGGCGCUUCGAGCUGGGUGUUGAGAGCAUCGUAUUCUUGGGCGCGCCAAUGUUCGUAAGGGAAGACGGGCUAUGGAAGAAGGCAAAGCGGAAAAAGAAGAAGCGGUCAGAUCAGCAGAAGCUCGAAGACGGCGAUCUGGUCAAGCAUCUCACCAGCGCGAGCGACGAUGACGACGCGCAUUCACCCGAACCACCCGCGAAACCCGCCCAAAAGUCUUUUAGGAUGCCUGCAGGAUUCGAGCCAGGCUAUGGACAUGGAUCUAUAUCCAGUGGACCGUCAAACGCACCGUCAGAGGCUGGAUCAGACGCGCCAAGCAACUCGACAAGUCACGACAACAACAAUCCUGACAUGACCAUGUUCAACGUCGUCUUCGUGCUGAAUCCGCCAGCGCUGGAAUACCAACAGCGCGUCAAGGAGAUGUACGACAACGUUACGCGCAAGUACGCCAAAGCACUCAAGUAUGAGGAGGCGCGGUUCCAGUACGUAUGGAAAGAGUCCAAGCGCAUCAUCGAUAUCAAACAACGGGCGAAGGAGACGAACGAGUCUUUGACGGCAACAUGGCGCAAGAUUGUCAGCACAUCCCCGCUUGCCAAGUCUAUCGCUAUCAUGUUCGAUGCUAUAUCGCACGACAAGAUAGCUCACAUCCACUUCGACGCGACGUUCAAUACGUCUUUCCAGAUCCCACAAGCCGACUCAACUCCAUACCUCCCCACUGCAAUUGAACCCCAGAUGCCCGGGCUGUGGCUUACGACCUCGAACGUUAUGCUAGAAGACGACGAUGCGCCCAUGACACAGCAUGCCGCCCUGUUGCUCCUGGAGGACGCCGAAGUGCUGAUCAAGGACCUGGGCGGCGACACUGGUGGCAAUGCCGCAGCCAUCGCAUUCUACAUUCGAAACAUCGUACCCACCAAAUCGCUACUGAAGAUCUCGAAGAAGCACAACAUAUCAGCGCAUGAUAUGGAGUACAUAGCAAGUCAUCUUGUCUAUUGGCGGCGCGCUCGUCUCAUCGCCCCCUUGUCACCACGCGACACGUACAUGGUCAGCCCGAAUGCCGACAUGACCGUUCUUCCAGCUGCAAUAUCAGUGUACGCACAGCGCUUUCCUACCUUGCCUACACUACCCAAAGUCCUCAGCAUGCUUUCCGGUACACCUCGGCCAUACAGAACCUUCAUACCUACCGCUGAGCAUCGCGACGCCUACAUGGAGAUACUCGCUUGGCUCAUGCGCGGAGGCUGGGUUACACAGUUGCGCACAUUCGCUUGGGUACGGAUAACACCUGAGAUCAAAGCGCAAGUGGCAGCAGAGAUUGAGCGCGAAGAGCGGGUCAAGAAAGCUGAAGAGGCGCGCAGAGAGUUGAUGAGUGACAACGACUCGGUAGCCAAUAGCCUGCUCUCCGACAAACGAAGCAGCCUGCUUUCCUUGAACUCUCUGAGGACCUCAUCACCUUUGCGUCGUACGCGUAAAGAUGCAGAUGAGGAGAUGGAGAACAGUACAAUACUAAGCCCGCGACUCGGAUCGACCGCCAUGUCGCGCAGCGCUUCUGCUCGCUCUGGGUCAGAUGCGGGUAGUACCAGCAGUCAACGCACAACGAUCGCGCUUAACCCUAUGCAAAGAGCAGAAUCGCCAUCUCACCUCGGGCUUCGAGACGUAAAGCCCCAUCGCCCGUCGCCGCUACAUUUAAAACCUACCUCGCCGUCUCCAUCACGCAACUCAAUCGUCUCACUCACAUCUCCGGUGGAAAAGCUCGCCCCACCGGACCCUUCUUCCUUUACGCAUACCACCAUUUUAUCGCCACAAAAAGCAUCGUCUAUCGAAGCGCGUUGGCUUGAUAAGAUCGCCCAGACUUUCGAAGAAACUGCAAUCAUCUCCACGAAUCCCAGCCCACCGAAGCAUGUGGACGGCGGGUUUGGUGGCAUAACCGGUAAAGAGUUGCGCGAGAGCUGGCCAAUGUUGCUAAGGCAUUUGGACGGUAAGCAUGCGAUUGAAGAUGUGUCGGCUAGAGAGGGAAUUAAGCGGAAGAGGGUGGCUGUGCUUUUCAAUGCAGUCAAGGAGAGAGGGUGGCUGGUCAUUGCCCGGCAUUGGUGA